ACAGAACGGCCAUAGCCGAAUGCUCUGAUGUCGAACGACAACCACAACGCAAUCAGCUGACAGAGUCAAAGGAGGAUAUGUAGGAGGAAUUUUCUUCCUGAUUAAAACCAGUAAUUGUUCACAAAUUCUUUCACUGUAUCUUUGAAUAUUUGCACUAGUCGAAGAACUUGCAUUUAAUAGACGGUGUAUGUUGCUUGAUCGCCUAGAUUAGAUUGUUCCAAAUCAUCUAUUUAUCAUGAAGCUAGUGAUCUUGGACAACUACGAGCUUGCCAGCGAAUGGGCUGCAAAGUAUGUGAAGAGAUUGAUAAGGUCUUUCAAUCCUGGGCCGGACAAAUACUUUACUCUUGGGCUACCCACUGGUGGUACCCCUUCGGGAAUGUACAAAAAGUUAAUAGAAUUCUACAAAGAGGGCCAAGUCUCUUUCAAGUAUGUCAAAACAUUCAAUAUGGAUGAAUAUGUUGGAAUUGCAAGAGACCAUCCAGAAAGUUACCAUUCCUACAUGUGGAACAACUUCUUCAAACAUGUUGAUAUCAAGCCGGAGAAUGUGCAUAUCCUGGAUGGUAAUGCACCAGACCUGGUAAAGGAGUGCGAUAGUUUUGAGAAGGCAAUCUCUGACGCUGGAGGUGUGGAGCUUUUCAUUGGAGGUAUUGGUCCCGACGGUCAUAUAGCCUUCAACGAGCCUGGCUCAAGCUUGGUGUCAAGGACGAGAGUAAAGACACUGGCCCAGGACACGAUUGAAGCCAAUGCACGGUUCUUUGGUGGAGACAUGUCAAAGGUGCCCACCAUGGCUUUGACUGUUGGUGUGGGAACCGUGAUGGAUGCAAGAGAGGUGAUGAUCGUAAUCACUGGUGCUAACAAGUCCCUCGCCUUACACAAAGCCAUCGAGGAAGGGAUCAAUCAUAUGUGGACUGUCUCGGCCUUCCAGCAGCAUCCGAAAACAAUCUUUGUAUGCGAUGAAGACGCAACGUUAGAACUGCGUGUAAAGACUGUGAAAUAUUUCAAGGGACUAAUGCAUGUUCACAAUAAACUAAUUGAUGACGACUAGUCAUGUUGAGAGCUCCAUCUCAUUUUACCGAGGACAUCUUUUGUAAAUCAAAUUUAAAGAACUCGUGGUAGGGUAAUGGUGCUUUCCAUAUAUUACUUCAAAAUAAACACUGAUGGUACAUUGAUAGCAGUUUAUUCAAAUUAAAAGUGAAAUAAAGUUAAAAGCUUGAACAUGUGGAAGUUUUACCGAACAAAUGAUUUUUCUAACAACAGCUUAACCUUCAUUCAAACUGCCUUUCCCAAAUAUUUGGUGACGUGUAAUAGAAGUUGCCAUUGAUUUGGCUUAUAUGGUUUGAAAUUUUUUAGUGCAAACGACUAGUCAGCUAAAACUAGUGACAAUCUGAUGGUCUUGAAUUAUCCAACUGUGGGAGUAAGCUGGGUUGGGGGAUGCAGGAUGUUGCUUGUAUUUUCUACCAAAAAUGAUUGUAUUCUUGAUGGUUUUGUUUUAUAGUGAUUGUAAAUCAUAUUUUCUCUGAAUAAAAUGAUAUAGAACUUGUAA